AUGCAGAUUCAGAACGUUGUCCUGGCUAUUGCCACUCUCUGCCUCGGCGCCCAAGCAGCCUUUGACUGCAAGUGCAAGGACGACGCCAAGACCACGUCAUGCUGUAACGCCGAGAAGUUCAUCUCUGCCAAGAGAAAUGACGGAAAGCUGAUGUGCUAUGUCAACAACGUCGUUGCCCCUCUCCCUGCCAGCUUCCCGUUCAGGACCUGCUGCGGUACCAACGGCUUCGACUUAUGCCGAUAA